AUCUAUAAUAUUAUGUAAAGAUAUUUUGUUUUUGGUAUUUUGGCUUGUCUCCCUCUUUGAAGAUCUAGACUCUAGACUUAGUCUGUUUUGAGACCGAUUAGUGACAGAAAAUGCUUUGCCAAUUUCCGAGAAUUUCUAGACAGCUUAUAAAAGAUGUUGCCCGAUCAUUUUCAAGAAACUCACAGACAGCAUCCUCGUGUACAAUGCAUAAUCAUAACGAAAGCAGCAGUAGUAACAACAGACUCACUGUCCAGACACAAAGUUCACAAACUCACACUGUUUCAGCGACACAAUCAAAGGAAAUGCCCCCAAAGGAUAUGCGACCACUUUACUUGGAUACCCAGGCCACAACUCCAUUGGAUCCACGAGUGUUGGAUGUCAUGAUGCCGUACAUGUUGAGCCAGUUUGGAAAUCCACAUUCUCGUACACAUGCCUACGGCUGGGAAAGUGAAGCUGCUGUUGAGAAAGCAAGAAAACAAGUGGCUAAUAUUAUCAGAGCAGAUCCCAAAGAGAUUAUAUUUACUAGUGGAGCCACUGAAUCUAAUAAUAUAGCUGUGAAGGGUGUGGCUAGGUUCUACAAGGGCAAGAAAAAUCACAUCAUCACAACACAGACUGAACAUAAGUGUGUAUUAGACUCCUGCAGAGCUCUUGAGGCUGAGGGUUUCGAUGUGACAUAUCUGGGUGUUCAAAAUAAUGGUCUCAUUGAUGUCAAAGAGCUUGAGAAAAGUAUUCGUCCCGAGACUGUGUUGGUUUCUGUGAUGGCAAUCAAUAAUGAGAUUGGGGUUAAACAACCUAUAACAGAGAUUGGUGCCUUGUGCAAAGCUAAAAAAGUUUUUUUCCACACGGACGCAGCCCAGGCUGUGGGCAAGAUUCCACUUCAUGUCAAUGAAAUGAACAUUGAUCUCAUGUCAAUAAGUGGACAUAAAAUUUAUGGACCAAAAGGUAUUGGUGCACUGUUUGUCAGAAGAAGACCUAGGGUCAGAAUCGAGCCCCUCCAAAGUGGAGGCGGCCAGGAAAGAGGAAUGCGAAGUGGCACAGUUCCGACUCCCUUGGUAGUUGGCAUCGGUGCUGCAUGUGAGCUGGCUCAAGAAGAAAUGGAGUAUGACAGCAAGAGGAUUAAAUCACUUUCAAAUAGACUGGUUCACAGCAUCAUGGAAGCUUGUCCUAAGGUGAUCAGAAAUGGUGACCCUGAGAAUACUUAUCCAGGUUGUGUAAAUCUAUCUUUUGCUUACGUGGAAGGUGAAAGCCUCCUUAUGGCCUUGAAAGAUGUUGCUUUGUCAUCAGGAAGUGCCUGUACAUCAGCCUCUCUGGAACCUUCUUAUGUCCUGAGAGCCAUCGGAACAGAUGAAGAUUUGGCUCACUCAUCUAUCAGAUUUGGCAUUGGGAGAUUCACAACUGAUGAAGAGAUUGACUUCACCAUCAAGAAAUGUAUUUCACAUGUGAAAAAGUUGCGUGAAAUGAGUCCUUUGUGGGAAAUGGUUCAAGAAGGAAUCGAUCUGAAAUCCAUUAAGUGGACUCAACACUAGCCCUACUGACAAACUGAACUAAAUUACUCAAGGAAUACAUUGCACUACUAAUAGAUUUUGUCUCUGACUAUAUGUAAUAGGUACUACAAAUUGGACAUGGCCAGAGUUUUUUUUCCAAUUAACAAGCACAAACUGUAGCAUAACUGUGGUGUGUUUGUUUCAUGGAUUCAUUAUUUAUACAAUGGUCUGUUUCAGUUGAAGAGUUGGUUUAGAAUGAAUGUGCAAUACAUAUUGUGAGAUUAAGUAAUUUGUUUGUUGAUACUGAAAUACGAUUGCUCAUCAUAACUUUUCUGUCAGCCUCUUUUAUCUAUGAAUCAAUAGAUAUUGGUGUAAAAUAUUAAGACUUCACUAACUUCAGUUUCAUUAAAAGUUUUU